CUGAGGGUCUCUUUUCUCCCUGCCAGGCCUCCAGCACGGCCAGGAUGAGCUCUGACAGCAGCAGCAAGCCCCUCAAGGUGGGCUCCCGCGUGGAGGUCAUCGGCAAGGGCCACCGGGGCACCGUGGCCUACGUGGGCGCCACGCUGUUCGCCACCGGCAAAUGGGUCGGGGUCAUCCUGGAUGAGGCCAAGGGCAAGAAUGAUGGCACGGUGCAGGGCAGGAAGUACUUCACGUGCGAGGAGAACCACGGCAUCUUCGUCAGGCAGUCCCAGAUCCAGGUGUUUGAGGACGGAGCGGACACAACAUCCCCAGAAACCCCAGAAUCUGCUGCCAUGAAGGUCCCUAAGAGAGGUAUGAUCCAGCUGGGAAAUCCUUCCCAGAGAGGUGGGAAAUCCUUCCCAGAGAGGUGGGAAAUCCUUGGUGGAGGGGGUGGCAAAUUAUUCCUGAAGGGGAUGGGGAAUCCCUCCUGGAGGAGUGUGAAAUCCCUCCUGGAAGUGUGGGAAUCCUUCCUGAAUAAAUGGGAAAUCUGUCCUGGAGGGGUUGGAAUCCUUCCUGAAUAAAUGGGAAAUCUCCCA